AAGGAAUGGGUAACACUUGUAAUGCUAGCGUUAGCUAAUCUCUGCUCAACAGUUGCAUUUAGCUGCAUCGCUCCGUUUUAUCCUGACGAAGCAAAAAAGAAAGGCAUGACAGAGUCUCAGACAGGAAUUGUAUUCGGAGUAUUCGAGCUUGUAAUGUUCGUCAUGGCACCUAUUUUUGGAAAAUAUAUGACCGCUAUCGGUUCGAAGAACAUGUUCACACUGGGUCUCGCUAUAACAGGAAUAACGGCUAUUCUUUUCGGGUUUCUUAACUAUCUUCCAUCGGGUGACAUAUUCUUUCUUGCUAGCGUCAUGAUUCGCAUACUGGAAGCGGUCGGAGACGCAGCAUUUGUGACAUCGAGUUUUGCAAUUUCAGCCAAAUGCUUUCCCGGCAAUAUUGCCGUCAUUGUGGGUGUUAUGGAGACGUUUGCUGGGCUUGGCUACACAGCAGGACCCGUGAUUGGUGGAAUACUGUACGAGUUUGGUGGAUUUCAAGUUCCUUUCCUCGUACUGGGUGCAAUUCUGUUUGUUGCUACAGCGCUUGGUUGGUGGUUGAUAGAAAACUACAAAGACGAUGACGUGGGCGGAUCGAAAGGAAUGGUUGCGAUGCUACGAAUUCCGGUCAUUUGGAUUAUGGUCUAUGCUGUUGUUGUUUGUGCCAUUUCAUUAUCGUUUUUGGACCCAACACUUUCUGCUCACCUUGAGUCGUUCAAACUCUCGCCGACAAUGAUUGGCCUGAUGUUUUUGCUCUGUGGCGGAAUCUAUACAAUAUCCGCUCCAGUAUGGGGUCUACUCAUUGACAGAUAUCAAUGCACUAUAUCUGUGAUGGUGUUUGGUUCAGCGGUUACUGUACUUUCAAUGCUCCUAAUCGGACCAUCACCACUUUUGCCAUUCAGCAAAGACCUUAUUGUUAUUGGUAUAUCAUUAGCUGUGCUUGGUGUUGCUGCUGGCGCUCUUUACAUUCCGACGUUUCAAAGUUGUUUGGAUUCUGUUAAGGAACACGGUUACGACGAUUCUUUCCGAACUUACGGUUGUGUAUCGGGUGUAUUUCAAUCUGCCUUUGCCCUUGGUGGGUUUAUGGGUCCCACUGUGGGUGGGUUUGUGGUCGAAAAAAUCGGGUUUGCAUGGACUACUACGAUUAUCGGUGCUAUUCAUGUCAUGUUCGUGAGUUUGUUUAUUUUCUUUUAUUUUCAUUUGCUAAUAGAUUGA